AUGGCGGCGGCGGCGGCUACGGGCGCUCGUUCCUGGUUCGGAGGCGGCGGCGGCGGCGGCGGCGGCGGCGGCGGCACCUCCGGCUCGGGCUCGGGCUCGGGCUCCGGCUCCCGUAUGGGAAGUCCGGCCUCCAGCCCCAAGCUCGGCGGCGGCGGCGGCAAGGGCCGCCCGCAGCUCGGCCACACGGGCCAGGGGCCGGGAGCCGGGCCGGGGCAGGGACAGGAGCCGGGUCCCAAGUCCUCGGCGCCCCCCGCCGCCCCUCCGGGCCACAGCUUCAGGAAGGUGACGCUCACCAAGCCCACCUUCUGCCACUACUGCACCGACUUCAUCUGGGGACUGGCCGGCUUUCAGUGCGAGGUUUGCAACUUUAUGUCUCAUGAGAAAUGCUUGAAACACGUGAAGAUCCCGUGUACCUGUAUUGCUCCAAGUCUGGUCAGGGUUCCAGUUGCGCACUGUUUUGGGACCCCAGGACACUACAAGAAGAAGUUCUGCAUUGUCUGUAGAAAGCCGCUAGAUUCCCCUGCAUUUCGCUGUGAAGUUUGUGAGCUGUACGUGCAUGCCGACUGUGUCCCCUUUGCCUGCAGUGAUUGCCGCCAGUGUCAUCAGGAUGGUCACCAGGACCACGACACAUACCAUCAUCACUGGAGGGAGGGCAAUCUCUCAUCAAAUGUCCGCUGCGAGGUAUGUAAGAAGACCUGUGGGUCCUCGGAAGUGCUGUCAGGCAUGCGGUGUGAAUGGUGUGGCAUUCUGGCUCAUACUGCCUGUUAUGCUGUUGUGACCCCUGAGUGCACGUUUGGCCGGCUGAAGAACAUGAUUCUUCCCCCUAACUGUGUGCGUUUGUCCUCUCGAAAUUUCAGCAAAAUGCACUGCUUCCGGAUCUCAGAGAGCAUCCAUACAGAGCCAGAUGAUGUUGAUGAUGCUGUGGAUGCUGGCCCAGCUCCAGGGUCAUUCAAAGAUGCCCAGGUUUCUACAGACUCCAGCAGACAAACCCUGAAGAUCUUUGAUGGAAACGAUGCUGUGAAACGUAACCAGUUCCGGCUGAUCACCAUUCCCAGGAUAGCAAAGACAGGGGAAGUUGUGGAGGCAGCUUUAAGGGCUUAUUACAUUAAUGAGGACCACCGAGACUUUGAGCUCCAGACGCUGGCUCAGCAGGCCAUGGCUGAUUGGACAACUCACAAAAACGGAGGCCCAGAGGAUUCCAGUAGCACUAGCCUCCCCUCCGUAUUCAGAGAGUCCAUUCCCGAAGCCUGGAUCAUCCAUGCUAAGCCCAAGGAUCAUGAAGUUAUAAAAAUUUACCCAGCUUGGCUAAAGGUUGGAAUGGCUUAUGUCUCCAUCCGAAUCGACAAAGAAAGCACCGCUCAGACAGUGAUGAAAGAAGUCCUCCCGUUGCUGGGGCGACAGGCAGAAAGUCUCAAGAAUUUCCGAUUGGUGGAGGUGCUCAUGGGCAGUAAGCAAGUUCAACGAAUGACACUGACUGAUGAGGAAUUAAUUCUCAACAGACUUAGAGACAUCCGAAAGACUUCCAUACGUCAAAUGAACCAAACAAGAUUUUAUGUGGUAGAAAAUGGGGAUGCUACCACACAAGUGAGCCUGUUUGUUGGAGGCCUGCCCCCCCAGCUCUCUGCUGAGGAAUAUACCCAUAUCCUAAAGGAGAAUUUGGCUAUCAAAACAAAUUUAGUGACGGUAACGCAUGUUUAUGCAAGUCAAGGGGCCGUUGUACUUAACAUCUCCUGUUUUUCGGAGGCAGAGAGAAUAUAUAUGCUCAUUAAGGAUACAGUGGUCCAAGAUAAGCAGCUGACUGGAAUUGUGGUUCCUGAAGUGAUGCACACGAAGCUGUCCUCAAAAUGCUGCCCACUGCUUGUGUUUGUGAACCCAAAAAGUGGAGGGCUGAAAGGUCGAGACCUGCUCUGUAGCUUCAGGAAGCUGCUGAAUCCUCAUCAGGUCUUUGAACUCACCAAUGGAGGCCCUUUUCCUGGGUUUCACGUGUUCUCCCAAAUUCCCUGCUUCCGGGUCCUGGUAUGCGGUGGGGACGGCACGGUGGGCUGGGUGCUGGGAGCCCUGGAAGAGAUCCGGCACAAAUUGACAUGCCCAGAGCCUUCUGUGGCCAUCCUACCUCUGGGCACAGGUAAUGAUUUGGGCAGAGUGCUACGCUGGGGAGCAGGCUACAGCGGGGAGGACCCCUUCUCCAUUCUGGUGUCUGUGGAUGAAGCUGAUCACGUCCUCAUGGACCGAUGGACAAUUCUUCUGGAUGCCCAGGAUGUUGUCGAAAACACUGAGAAUGGGCUGGUUGAUCCAGAGCCCCCAAAGAUUGUACAGAUGAAUAAUUACUGUGGAAUCGGAAUUGAUGCAGAAUUGAGUUUGGACUUCCACCAUGCAAGAGAAGAGGAGCCAGGCAAAUUUACUAGCAGAUUCCACAACAAAGGAGUGUAUGUCAAAGUUGGGUUACAGAAGAUCAGUCAUACCAGGAACCUCCACAAGGAUAUCCGACUUCAAGUGGACCAGCAUGAUGUGGAAUUACCAAACAUCGAGGGGCUGAUCUUCAUCAACAUCCCCAGCUGGGGCUCUGGAGCAGAUCUCUGGGGGUCUGACAAUGAUUCUCGGUUUGAGAAGCCACGGAUUGAUGAUGGUCUGCUGGAGGUGGUUGGGGUGACAGGCGUUGUUCACAUGGGCCAAGUGCAGGGGGGAUUGCGCUCAGGAAUCCGAAUUGCUCAAGGUUCCUAUUUCCGGGUCACCCUCCUCAAGCCAAUCCCAGUACAAGUUGAUGGAGAGCCGUGGAUUCAGUCCCCAGGCCACAUGAUCAUUUCUGCUGCUGGACCAAAGGUUCACAUGUUGAAAAAGUCAAAGCAGAAGCCGAAAAAAGGAACAGGAAGCAUGAAGGAUACCAAAAUGGAGAGUUUCGGAGGCUCAGAAGGAGAGCUGAAAUAGAACAGGAUGUGGAGCCCUAGCCAGUGAAUGGCUCCCAGUGCACCCCAGGGCUGGGGCAGAGAAUGGGAAAAGAAGGCUUGCUGAUAUUCCAUGCUCAUUGCUGCCCUUUCAUCAUGUUUCCCAUGUGUUAAGUCCCAUCUGCCCCUUGUGCUCUUAGCUUGGAAAUGUGUGCAUUUCAUGGCUUUUUAGGAACCUAUUCCUUCAUCUUGAGAUUUGCCAUAUAAAGAAGUUAGAAGAAGAAACAGAUUAGCCCCAGCAUAGGCUUGGGGACAAACUCACUUAUUGACUCGCACCAGAAUCAAACCAUAAGCAUCUAUUUAUCCAUUGAAUGUAAUUUCUGGCCCUUUUUUGUCAGGUUCUUAGGAUGCUCUUCCCAGACCAAAAAAAAAAAAAAAAAAAAAAAAAAGGCUUCUCAUGUACACAACUACUCCCAGGAAAACAAGAAUCAGAAAAGGUGUGGGCGUUGAUCUCCAUUACUGAGGUCAGACUCAUCUGGCAUCAAGCUGGCUUUUCAUUAAAUUCUUGGUUGUUGUGGGUGUUUACAGAAAACCUAAUGAGGCCUUCCACACAGUUUUAGCUUUGGUCACAUCCUGUCCAAAGCUGCAGUUUGGUAGUACAAGUUAUAUUAACAUAGCCAUUUUAUCCCAAUAUCUUUGAAGUGUUUGAUGGAGACAUUUAUGGGAUCAGUCAUAUUUAUUACAUUCCCCAUUCUCAAGUGCCAGACUUUGUUGUGGUGAGAAUCUGUGGUCAACGUGUACAUAUAUUCCUAACUGCUUGACAGAAGAUGUCAUCUCCAAUGGACACUCUAUACCUAUCUUUAAAUUAUGUACUUAAAGGUGCCAGAGACCUCCAGUGUGUAUACAGUAGUGCCAUUGAAUUAAAAUGAAUAUUAAAGAAAGAAAGUAAUCUAUGAAAAAAAAUUAGAAGGAAAAAGAACAGAUGCAGUUGAGAAGAUAAAGGGUAAGGAGAUGGAUUUUUUUUUGUUCUUUUCUUUGGACAAAUCACCUCUUAUGGCCUGUUAUCAAUGUGAAGAGGGCUUCACAUUGAGAGCCAAGACUAGUGAUGUUACUAUAAUGUCUUAUCUUUCCCCCUCCUAGACUUUCUUCUGCAAACACUCCCUUGAUGGAUGUUUUCUUGCCUUUACUUUCCUCCUCUUUUUAUUGGCCCAUCCUUCUUUAGCAUCUUGGCCAGUGCAGUAGCCAAUUUGAUCAGGUAGACCCAAGAAUGAUACUUCGCUAAUGUGGAGAGAGGCAGUGAAUAAUAGGACUUCAUUUAUCCCACAAGAAUGCUACACUCUUUCAGAAUGAAACUUUAUACAAAGAGUUAGUCAUUUCCCUUUGGAGGAAAAAAAUGCCCAUUCUGUAGAUGUUCUUAUUUCUUGCCAGGUGUGUGGGGUUGUAGAGGCUGGGUGAUACACUAAAAUUAGAAAUGUUUUCUGAAGAUUUCAGAGGUACUUCAACUAAGAAAAUUGAAUUCACAAUGAAGAGCCAUUAUUUCUUUGACUUGAUAGUUUUAUACUAAAUUCUUAGUCUGGUCUAUAUAGAGAAAGCGGACUCCAAAUGGCCUCCGUCUGAACAUUUGAUCUCUUCCAUGCCAGAGAACUUUUCCUAUGGUGCCCUCAGAGAGUUGGACCAAGAGAGGGAACAGUCUAUAUGAGUGCUUAGGUCAUUCUUUCCCUAAUGGUACUGACAGAUGUGUUCAGUACUCCUGGGCAUUCGGCUUCAGAUCCAUCUUUCAGACCUGACCCACCUCCCUCAACCUCAAAUCCUACCUCUUUGAUUACAGUCAGGAUCAGUAGUCGCAACGUGACAGGGACCAUUUUGUUAAAACAUCCCACUGGGGCUGCCAUUGGCUAUAUGAUGAGUGCCCACUCACCCUUCUUUAAAAUAGUGCUUUGGCCAUAAGUUGUGGAAACCUGGCCUCAUUCAUUAGAUGAGUGACCCUGACAUGUGGUUCCCUGGGCAAAUUGACUGCAAAUCCAGCUGAGCUAAUUAAAGAAACAGGAAAGUUUACAUUUUGUUAGAUUGUAGGAAAGAUCCAUUUUUCAGGGGCUAUGAAUGCUUUUAGGAAACAGAUGAGGCUGCCUGACUGCUUAUUUAAACUCCCAGUGUUUCAAUUACAAAUAUCUGUUUUACUUCGAAAUGGGGAUUUAAAAAAAUUAGAUAUGCUGAAUCCAACCCAAAACUUUAGAGAUUAUAAAUUCUUCCUGUGCAUUAGGCCAAGUCCCUUAAUCCUUUGUACAACCUAUGGAAGUGUAUAAAGAGUUCUGACUCAGGAGAUGAAUGAGAUUCCCUUUCCCCCAUUCCACCCCACUGCCAAUGCUCAUUACCUUCCUAAGCCUCAAUUUCCUUAUCUGAUGGCUUCUGAAGGCCAUCUGUUUAUAAGAAAUAUGGAAAUAUUUCAUUAGAAGACAAUAUCUACAAAUGCUUUAAAAUAUGAGGCAUUUUUUAAUCAUCUCAUAUUCUAUAUUUUAUGGUCAGUAUUUUUAUAUUAAAUAAGAAUUAUAACAUAAGCAGGGUACUUGAUUUCUCAGCAGGAAGGUCCACAUUGGGUAAUCCCCUUUAGAUGACAGAGCCUUAAAGUUACUCUCCUCUCUGGGGAAGUGGACAUGGAGAAAAUUGGGGCUAUUUGAGCUUAUAAGACUAUAUUUUCCAGAAGAGAGCUGAUGAGACACUUGGAAUUUUCCUGCUGACCCAGACAAACCCUAUAUUUAAGUGUUUCAAUUUUUGUAUGAAAGUAGGUGGUUGUUUUGCUCUAAAAGCUGUAACAAAUGAAGCACACAGCAAAAAGUAUUCCUUUUAUUUUUUUAAAGAGGUUUUAAAAACUAACUCGGUCCAGUCAUGCCUCUUAACUUUCUUUUGGCAAGUGGGAUGCUGGCCCUGUUUAAUACUUUAGAACACUGACCAUUACAGAACUGUGGAGCUUAGAGACCAUCAAGUUUAUUCCCAUGGUUUGACUGAGGAAGAACAUGAAGCCCAGAGAGAGGAUGUAGUUUCCCAUGCUCCUAAAUGGGAUCACACCUCUCCUUGCUCUCAAUCUCAUUUCUUUCCAUCCUUUAGAGCUGGCUGUCUCCAAUAACUAAAACUGAAAAGCCUAUCUCCUACUUCCAGAGUUAGGAGAAAUGGGAAGAUUAUAAUGGUCACUGUCAUAUUGGGGCCGCCAAAGAUGUUCAUUUAAGUUUUAGAUAAGUGGGUAAUUUCUAAGGAAACAGUUUAUAGUAGAGUAUGGGCUUAGGUAGCCAGCCAAGGAAAACAGCUCCAUGUGGUGUUUCAAGCUUCUAUUUUUACCCCCACAAAGAAGAAGGCAUCCUGAAGACAGAAAUGAAAAGCAGGAUUCUCUAUCCUGAGGGAGAAGAAGAUAAACAUUUUUCUGUUCUUGUGUGAUAAGUAAUGUGUUUUGUAAUGUGCUGAGGUUUUCAGCCAUCUGAUGAUGGAUUAGAGGAGUGGACUUUUGUCUUUCCAGAAGACAAAAGACUAGUACGGUGAAUGUCCACACAUAAUCAUGCUACGGGAUUUUCCUCCAUCCUUAGGCUAAUUAAGACCUUUCCUCUAUCAGUCUUUUCUUAGGUCCUGAUGGGCUGAAUGCUGAGCUGAGAACAAUCAGAGAAGUAUUGAUUUAGGGUCAAAUAUUGCUGGGUAGUUGCAAAUGAUUGCCUAAAAAAUCUUUUGAUUCUGAAAAUCAUGUGUAACAUUAUUUCAUUGUUCAAAAAUCCAAAGAUUAAUUCCCCUCUUUAUAUAUUCAUGUAUUCCUGGAAGAUGUGACUUAAGAAUUCUUUUCUUUGGGCUUUCAGACAUGAGAUUUGUAUUUUCAUGAACUAUAUGUUACCAUUGUCUGUGUUCAGGCUAUGGCCUAGAAGGGAUGAGACUCUUCUUUUAACUCUUACAUUCCCUGAAGUUUACAAAGAAUAAGUUCCAGCUGCUGGAACAUGGUCAACCCCAUUUAUUUGGAACUCUCUAGAUCAGAAUUUGUAAGUCAGGACCAGACUUGAGCAAAGUUUACUUAGGAAUAUAGCUUUACAGAACAAGUUAGCAGUGUAAAUAAAUAUGUUUGGAUAGGGACAAAGCAACUUUUAACCUACUUAAUCCAACAAAUUGUUGUCGAGCACUUUAGAAGUAUACAUUUGCUGAUAGUUAACAUGCAAAUUGCAAAUAAUUCUUAUAAGUUUUUUUAAGCAGGUUACUUAUUUUAAGCUUAGUUGAGUUUCUGAAUGUACUUGAAAAUAGACUAUUGUGUUUUUUUUUUUCAGAAAUUUUUUCUAAUUUGAAUUGUUCAUUGAUUCAGGCUGACCUUCAAAAUUAAUUUAAACCUACUAUGCCUAGAUUUCAGCAUAAAAAAAAAAGAUAAAAAGCAGUUUUUGCUUUGCCUUAUUACUCCUGAUGAAGAAGACUAAUUUUUAAAAUGUGUUAAGAUAAAUAAGAUGAUACAUGGGGUGUCUUUUGAGGACCCCUGAAGGAAAAAAAUUAUGUAAACUCUGGACUUUGGUCAUUGCUAUUUCUGCCUCAAAUUUUAUCUCUAUUUUAAAAGAAUAGAAAAUCCCUUGAUUGUGAAGAAUCUAACUGGGCCAGUGAUCUGUAUACAGUAGUUGCUUAGAAGACAUUAAUGAAUGACUGACAGAUUAUGUAAUAUUCCUUCUUACAUUUGGAACCCAACUGGUGUCUAGAGAUAACAGGACAUUUGGUCCCCAGGUAUGAAGACAAUGGCUUUCAGUAUUACUCAGAUGGCCCCUGCUUCCUCCAGUGACCUUCCUUGAAAGUGUGGUGUGAAAUAGAGCAUUUGAAAUGGAGGCAGUCUUUGACUAUGGAAUGAGCUAGGAUUAGAUAACUCUCUGUCUAAAUUGACAUUUUGGUGUCUUUAUUUCAUCAAUUUGGCAAUAAACAAUGUGCCUAUUUUCCUAUUCUCAAAAGAAGUUUGGGUCCAUGAAGUUGUAGGCUUUAAGGAAUCCUUUUGAUGUUUUCCAUUCCUUGUCAAGAUAAGAAAAGAAUGGGUUGGGGAAAAACAAUUUAAAAGAAAAAAUAGACCACAAACUUUCUUCAAGUUGAACCAAGUUUGAGAAGCUGAGUGCCUCAGUAUGUGACAACAUUGAUUUUUAAGUGUCAAAGUGGAACCAUGUGGCUUAUGCCAAGGAACCGAUCCAGGUGGGUCAGUCAGCACCUUCCAAUUCUGAUUUCUUGCUUAUCCCUCUUCAAGCUUCUGCCAAACUCUGUGAACAGAUGAAUUGUACCUAUAAACCAUUCUGUGAUGGAAUAUCAUUUUCUCAUCAUGUGCCUCAAGUAGGAGAAUUCUCAUUGCAUAUGUUUACUUGCAGUUUUUCAUCUAAAAAAAAAAAAUUAAUGGUGUUACUAGUUUCUACUUGUUGCUUGGCAAGCCACUGUAUUGGUUCCUGAUCCAUAAGAAUCAUUGUUUCUAAAUUGUAGUCAGUGUACAAAGAAAAUUAAGGUGAACUUUUUCUUUUUAUAUUUAAAUAUGAGUUUUGUCUUCGUGUCCCUAGACUGUUUUCUGUAUAUAUUUUGCAUUGUGGCCAUGUGGUGGUUUUCUUCUGACUGCACUUUGCACUGACCUGAAUUCUGAACUCUAUGUAUAAUUUAUGGGUAUCAGAGAUAGAAAAUAAUUUAUAUCUGUGACAAAUACAGUACUGGUCAUUUCCAUUGUA